AUGACUAAAUAUGCGUUCGUAAACGUUGUAUCACAUUUCGUCGUUGUGUACCUUGUUACAGAUCUACUGGUCGGCCUAAUAUCCGUGUUAACGGAUAUAAUCUGGAGAACGACUGUUGCAUGGUAUGCGGGUAAUAUAGCUUGCAAACUGAUAAGGUUUAUGCAGGCCGUAGUAACCUACAGCUCGACCUACGUCCUCGUGGCUUUAUCAAUCGACAGAUACGACGCCAUUACCCGUCCGAUGAACUUCUCCGGCAGCUGGUGGAGAGCCCGAGCUUUGGUGAUUACGGCUUGGGCAUUAUCAGCAUUGUUCAGUAUGCCGAUUGUAUUCCUGUACGAAGAGAAACAAAUACAGGAUACGCCGCAGUGCUGGAUCGAUUUAGAUCCGACUCAAUGGAAGAUCUACAUGAGCCUGGUGAGUUUUAGCCUCUUUAUAGCGCCCACUCUGAUAAUAGGAGGCUGUUACACGGUCAUCGUAGUCACGAUAUGGUCGCAAGGAGCAGCGCUACGUCAGGGACCUACCAGAGAUACUCGGAGGGCGUCCUCGAGGGGUCUCAUUCCCAAGGCGAAAAUCAAGACCGUAAAAAUGACCUUCGUCAUAGUAUUCGUAUUUAUCCUUUGUUGGAGUCCAUACAUAGUCUUCGACCUUCUUCAAGUUUAUGGACACAUACGAAAGACUCAGACAAAUAUCGCAGUCGCUACCUUUAUACAAAGUUUGACACCACUCAAUUCGGCCGCUAAUCCAAUCAUCUACUGCCUUUUCAGUACCCCUUUCUGCAAAACCGUACGGAACAUGCAGGCAAUCUCCUGGAUUUCGGGUUGGUGCCCGACGAAUUCGCAACACUGCUUCGGUACCGGGACGACGACCAGCAGUACGAGAACGACCGUGACGACAUCCUUGACGGCCCAUUCCUCUCGCAGAAGCGGACACUUUACUAUGUUACACUCUACGUCGCGAAAACGCGUUAUGGUCUCCCUAGUUUAA